GAGAUGAUAAACACACUCACACACACUGUUAAGUUCUGUGCUGUGGUGAAUGUGCGUUCAAGGGCUGGUGUGUAUUGUCUCCAUUCUCUGGGAAAAGUAUGCAAAGUUGUGUGUUGAGUGUGUCCCGCAGUAUGUGCGUGUCUGCGGAGAUAGGAGUUUGUGUUGUGUGUUGUUAAUGGGGCUCUCAUUGUGAGGAUGAGUGACUCGUUGGAGAGGACCACCGACACCCCUCUGCCUGGGCCCUCAGAGAACCCCAGAGAGGGCUCUGACCCUGGGGAAGAGGGUGAAGGGGGUGAUGGAAGUGGGAUGCGUUGGGAAGAUGGAGGCCUGUCUGUGGAGCUUCAGAGGGGGAUGGAGACGCUUCGUGUGAGUGGAGAGCUGACCGACGUGACUCUGCGAGUUCAGGAACAGGACUUCCCCUGCCACAGAGCUGUGCUCGCCGCCGCCAGCCACUACUAUAGAGCGAUGUUCUGCAGUGGUCUGAGAGAGAGUCAUGAGAAGCAGGUGGAGAUUAAAGGGGUGGACAGUGAGACCAUGAAGACUCUACUGGACUACACCUAUACCAGCCGAGCCACCAUCACACACACCAACGUCCAGAGAACACUGGAGGCCGCCAGCCUGUUCCAGUUUCCUCGUGUAGUGGAGGCCUGUGCAGGGUUCCUGGCUGACUCUCUCCAGCCAGAGAGCUGUGUAGGUGUACUGCGUCUGGCUGAGGCCCAUUCAUUGCCUGCACUGAGAGACAGGGUCCAGGACUACCUGGUUUCAGAGUUCUCCAGAGUGGUUCAGCAUGAGGAGUACCUGGAGCUGCCAGCGGGGGCGUUGCAGAACGCUCUGAAGAGAGAUGACCUGGGAGUGACACGGGAGGAGAGUGUGUUUGAGGCUCUGAUGCGCUGGGUGCGAGCAAAGGAGGAGGAGAGAUGCCUCCUACUAGCUGGUCUUCUGUCAUACGUGCGUCUGCCACUGCUGGAGCCGGCUUACUUCCUGGAAACGGUGGAGGCCGACCAGCUGAUUCGCCGCUGUGACGAGGCCUUCACCCUACUGCAGGAGGCCCGCACCUACCACCUGUCAGGCAACGAGGUGGUCACGGAGCGUACCAAGCCUCGUUUACAGCACUACCUAUCUGAGGUGUUCAUGAUCAUCGGUGGCUGCACCAAAGAGGAGCGCUUCGUUGCCACUGUGACCUGCCUUGACCCUCUGCGCCGCAGCCGGCUGGAAGUCGCCAAGCUGCCAAUCACAGAGAUGGAGGAGGAGUCCCACAACCGGAAGUGGGUGGAGUUUGCUUGUGUCACCUUCCGGAAUGAGGUGUUCAUAUCCGGUGGAAAAGAGACACAGCACGAGGCGUGGAAGUACAACGGUGCCCUGGACAGGUGGAUCCCCAUUGAGCCCCUGGUGACUGGGCGCUGGAGACACAAGAUGGCAGUUCACGGGGGGAAGGUGUAUGCCCUGGGGGGGUUCGAUGGGACUCAGAGACUCACCAGCGUGGAAGCCUACGACACAUUUCACAACCGCUGGACACCGGCCCCGCCCCUCUUGUUGGGCGUCAGCUCAUUCGCUGCAGCAAGCUUCAAUAAGUGGAUCUUUGCGAUCGGGGGAGGGCCCAACGGGAAGCUGGCCACUGAUAGGCUGCAGUGCUGGGAGCCAGGGACUGAGAGCUGGGGCCUGCGGUCGCCCAUGCCCAUCGAGGCUAAAUGUACUAAUGCUGUCACCUUCAGGGAACGCAUCUAUGUAGUUGGCGGUGCCAUGCAUGCUCUGUACUGCUACUCCCCCCAGUCAGACAGCUGGUCUAUGGUGACCCGGCUGGGCGAGAGGGCGAGCUGCGCCAUCGCAGCCUGUAACAACAAACUAUUCAUCACUGGUGGCCGUGACGACAAGAACCAGGUCAUCUCCACGGUGAUGUGCUGGGACCCAGUCACAACCACAAUGACAGAGGAAUGUGUGUUACCGCUUGGUGUCUCUCACCACGGAAGCGUCACACUCCACAAGUCCUACACGCACAUACACAGGAUAGCACCUGCAACCGUGUCGGUGUGACAGAGAGCUGGGACUAUGUGUGUGAGAAUGAAUGUGUGGAGAAAAACAUAGGUGGAUGAGGAGCAUGGACUGUGUGUGGGUGUCGGCUUUUUUACUUAUUGUAAGUUGUCUGUGAAAUAACAAAAUGUAAUGCUGAGUUUAGUCUCAUAACAUUUUUAAAAGUGUAAUAUCACAUACAAACCGGUACCACUAAAUACAUCUAAAAAUGA